AUGCAGGCGCGGCCGGACGCGCCAGGCCUCGGCCAGCAGGAACGGACAGCCGGUGGAGUAGACAGGAGAGAGGUCGCGGUGGGCGGCGGGCGGGGUGUGGGUGAUGAGGAUGUCGGUGGCAGGGGGCACGGUGCCGGACCAGGCGUCGUGGUGCGGGGGGUAGGUAAAGGCGUGUUCGGGGCCGAAGGGGACGAUGGCGGGGACGUGGGGGGCGCCGUAGAGGGUGAGGGAGCGGGGGCGGGCUGUUGCGGCGCCGCCUCCGCUGCCGGGGAAGGAGAGGGUGACGGAGGAGUGCUGGAGGUAGAUGAUGUCGCCCCAGUCGAUGCGGGCGGAGGGGUCGUCUGCGACGGAGUGCAGGGAGGCGGUGGAGGCGGAGACCUCGGCAAAGGAGUCUUUGAGCUGGGGGUCGUCGCGGUCGUGGGCGAGGCGCGAGCGCACGUCAAAGUAGCUGUCGUGGUUGCCGCAGAUGACGACCUUGUGGCGGUGGGGGAGGCGGCGCAGCCAGUCGACGGCGGCUUGAAUCUCGCGCACGCUGCCGUCAUUGCAGAGGUCGCCGGCGUGGACGAGCAGGUCGCCGUCGGGCACGUCAGUCCAUUCUAG